UGGCGGCGUUGCUAGUGUAUACAUACAUAUGUACAUGUGCGUGCCUGCGUCUGUGCUCGUCGUCUAGGUGAAAAUUCAGUGAAAGUCUGAGAGGGCAGCGAAGUCAAGUGGAAAUUCCUUUAUUGCAAAUACAUACCGGCUGCCACGCCCACAACAACCAGCCAUGGAGCACCUGCGACCACUCAGCUAUGAGGAGAUGUGCCAAAUGGAGCUGCUGCAGCCGUGCGGCACCAACGCAGCACAGCCGCCGGCAACUUCGGCGCCAACAAUGUUGCCCAUAAUGGUCAUACCAACAGCGCUGCUGGCGCCAGGAGCGGGAGGAACCGGUGCAGCACAGCCGCAGGGCAGCGUCGAGCACUAUUAUCAGUUGCAGCCCACUCAUAUUAUCGCCGCGGGCGUGGAGGGAGCAGCGGCAGCGGCAGCAGCGGGCAGCGCCGGAGUUAACGGCGAAUUGGCGCUCUUACAAGGCGGCAUCGAACAGUAUCCACACAGCAUCCAGCUGCAACAGCAUCCACACUCACAUUCACAGCCUGUUAACAUUCUUUGCACGGGCACACUAAGCCGCACGCCGCCCACGUCGACUGCGGCGUCAGCGCUUGCUGCGUCGUCGGCAGCGACGCUGCCGCGCAGCUUUCAGCCGGCCGCCUUUGUGACGGAUGUGGAGAGCGACUUUGAGGGCAGCGAGUGUGGCGCAGGGAGCGUCACCACAACCUGCAUGCCACACUUUCGCUUCGGCGGCUGCGGUCUACAGUCGGCGACACCCCAACAGCAGCCGCACCAGGACGCUGUCGUCGGCUGUGGCUCGCUUUCCUACAUGAUGGGAACUUUGGCAGCCGGCGGCGCAAUGCACGCUGGCCGAUUUGCGGGCACCCUGGGCCGCAACCGACGACCCGAGGGACACACCAAGCGCGUCUCCUUUAAAGGAGACAAUCUGCCACCAUCGCCACCGCCGCCGCCCGCCGUCGAGUUGGACAAUAACGGGCUACCCAUGCCGCUGCCUGUGCCGGGCGGCGUAGGCGGCGGGUCCUACAUGCAUUUCGACAACUACAUGGACUACCAGACAACUGGCUUUGGCGGACUGCCAGACGUGACGGAGCACUCGAAUAUACGCCGCACACUCUCGCGCCAGAACUCGAUCUCCAACAGCGAUUCCGGCGGCGAAAUUGCCAGCAUCCAGAAAUCUAAGGUCUUUGGCAGUGCGAUGACAGCCGGAGUAGUUGUUGGCAGCGAUAUCGGAGGGAUCGCUCUCGACAGUAAAUCGCCCACCUCUCUGGCAGCGGAAGCGACAGCGGCAGCCGCUUCCUCCUCCAAGGCGAAGGCUAAGAGUGCCAGAAAGACACGAAACAACUCAGGUGCAGCCCACAAGUCGCGACGAGGCUCCUGGAUGGUGGCUCUGACUCUCGUGAGCGCCAUCUGUCUGCUGGCCAUAGCCGCCACACUGGCCUACCAACACUUUUUUAUGUCGCCCAGUCGCAACUCUCACGCCCAACGACUUCGAAUCGUUAGGCGCAUCCUGCGAGAAGUGCCGCUCGUCGACGGGCACAACAACUUUGCCUGGAACGUGCGCAAGUAUGCGCAUAGUAGUCUAGAGCUGGUUCAUCUCAGCCAUGACCUUGAUCACAAGUCGAUGUGGGUGCGGCCCACCUGGGCGCAAACGGAUAUGGAACGGCUCAAGCAAGGACUGGUCGGUGUGCAGGUUUGGUCGGCGUACGUGCCUUGUGAGGCGCAAGGCUUGGAUGCUGUCCAGCUGGCACUGGAGCAAAUAGACAUUGUGCGGCGGCUGUCUGACAUGUAUGCUAGAGAUACGGUGUUGGCGACGUCGUCGCAGGACAUUGUGGCCACGCACAGGCGCGGCCUGCUGGCCUCGCUGAUCGGCAUUGAGGGAGGGCACACAAUUGGCUCUUCGCUGGGCGUGCUGCGCUCAUUUUACUCGCUGGGCGCGCGCUAUCUCAGCCUGACGCACCGCUGCGACGUAUCCUGGGCGGGGUCGAGUGCCUCUCCGCUGGAGCAGGGCCUGACACCCUUCGGCAAAGCGAUUGUGCGGGAAAUGAACCGCCUGGGCAUGAUGAUCGAUCUCUCACACAGCUCGGACGCAACGGCCCGUGAUGUGCUCCAGGUGACGCGAGCUCCCGUCAUCUUCUCACACUCGGCGGCACGACAGCUGUGCAACUCGACGAGGAACGUGCCCGAUGAUAUAUUGCGCUUGGUGGCCGAGAACGGCGGUCUCAUUAUGCUCUCAUUCGACCCCGAGGAUGUCGCUUGCGGACGUCAAGCACGGCUGCAGGACGUAAUAGAGCAUAUUAAAUACGUGCGAGCAAUUGCCGGCAUUCAGCACAUUGGCCUGGGCGCCGGCUACGACGGCAUUGAGAUGCCCCCGCUGGGCCUGGAGGACGUAUCCAAAUACCCGGAGCUCUUGGCCGCCCUGUUAGAGGAUCACAACUGGAGUGAGGAGGACGUUGCCAUGCUAGCUGGCCGUAACUUUUUGCGCAUCAUGGAGACCGUCGAAACGGUCCGCGACUACUGGAAGCGCGCCGCCAUCCAACCCAUCGAGCUGUCGGAGCCACAGCCAAAAACACAAUGCACCUACAUGUCGUCGUGACCACUGCCGCAGGCGUUGAGAACGCGCCGCGAUGAGCCCGUAGCGACGUCGCAUCUUGUGGAGGGGGCCAGCCCCAAUCACACUGAGAAGGCAACGUCCACGGGUGCGCAGCUCUGGCACCAGCUGGAAACCAUCGCAAACGAAACAGAAGUGAGCCACAUGGCAAUGGCAGCCACAGCCACAGCCGCAGCCACAACAAUGGCAACCACCUUUGCAGUCAGUGGUCUUUUGCAGUAGACAGACGCUUGGCAGUAGUUGUCUGUCACUGCAGCCGACGAGCCUUCAUUUGCUCAUUAGCAAAGGGGUAAAUAAUAUUUUAACUGGAAGCCAAAGCAAUGUAGCAUUGGCUUAACAGCAAUCAAAAUGACGAAUUAACAAGCAAAUCCCCUAGCAGCAUAACAAUAAGCAUGUAAUAUAACUAAAUACGUUCACGUAGAAAAGAAAUUUAUACUCGUAUUUAACUGAAGCAUUGGCACAGAUAUAUGGAUGUGGGUUUCACGAUUUAUUCAGAGGUUGCGAUUAAUUAAACUGAAUUGGGGGCGUACGUGUCCGUGGCCAGUGCUUAUUUCUGUUUAAAUAUUAUAUUUAAAUUAAAUAUUAAUUGUAAAGAAAUGCAAAAAAAAAAUUAAAAUAAAGAUUA